ACUCUUCUCUCUCUCUCUCUCUCUCUCUCUCUCUACAAGCCAGAGAAGACAGCAGUCAAUAACAAGAAAGAAAAACAAGAUCCCCACGCACUUCCACUGGUCUCUCUUGUCUUUUGGAUUUCUCAAGCCCCUUUCGUUUUCCCCCAGCAUCCCCCAAUCCCCCCUCUCCUCAAAUUUUUAAUAUUCCUUCUCUCUCUAUCCAUCUCUCUCCCCCCCCACCCCACACAAAAUCUCUGCAGAAGAAGAGAAAGGAGAAGAAGGAAAGUGGCGAGGAGGCCCGCCGGUCAGAAAAAGAAGCAGCAGCAGCAGCAGCAGCUCAGGAUCGCCCCCACCAUGUAUCCCAGGAAUUGGAGGGAGGGUUGCUGUUCGUGAGCCAGUUCUUGACGAUGGGCACGAAGAGGGUGGUGAGGAAUCGCGUUUGAAUUUUGCCAAGAAAGGAGGAGGAAAUGGAGUCCCAAAGCAACGCCAACCAAAGCAGCAGCAAUUCGGGCUCCGACCACCACCACCACCACCACCACCACAAGCACAAGCAGCACGACCCCGUCCCCACCGCUCCUCUGCAGCUGGUCCCUCUCUCUUCUUCCCCCAAUUCCGCCGCCGAGCCGGGUCACUCUCACGGGUCAACCCUCCAUGGCCCAUCGUUCAUGGGCUCCAUCUCUAUCCAACCCGCUAAGCCCCCUCCACCCCACCCUCCUCCUCCUCCUCGCUCCCUCCCAACUCCGCCUCCCCCGGCUCCAACCCAAACCCCACCGCCGCCAUUGCCAAGAUCGCCAAGCGGCCCACCAAGGACCGCCACACCAAGGUCGACGGCCGCGGCCGCCGCAUCCGGAUGCCCGCCGUCUGCGCCGCCCGCGUCUUCCAGCUCACCCGCGAGCUGGGCCACAAGUCCGACGGCGAGACCAUCGAGUGGCUCCUCCAGCAGGCCGAGCCCGCCAUCAUACACGCCACCGGCACCGGCACCAUCCCCGCCAACUUCUCCACCCUCAACGUCUCCAUCCGCAGCAGCGGGUCCACCGUCUCCGCCCCGCCCUCCAAGUCCGCCCCGCUCUCCUUCCACGGCGGCCUCAGCCUCUACGACGGCGGCGACGCGGGCAGGCGGCUUCUCGCCGGCGGCGGGGGCGGCGCGCUCGGCUUCCACCACCAAUUUUACACGCAGGUCCUCGGCUCCGAGCAGGCCAGCGGCGGUAGCGCUGGCGGCAACAACGGCGAUAAUCCCGGAGAGGGCUACAUGACGAAGACGUUCAGGGAAGACCUCUUCAAAGAUUCCUCCCACCAGAGCAGCGCCGACGCUGGCUCCGCCGAUUUGCAGGGCGGUAACAAAUCCGGAAGGCCCGGAAUGCAAGAACAAGAACCCACCUCGGCCCGGUCCUCGUCGGGGGUCGUGCCGGCUCCCGCCAUGUGGGCAGUGGCCCCGGCCACCACGAACGGCGGGAGCACGUUCUGGAUGCUGCCGGUGGGGGCCGGAGGAGGGGGAGCCGCCGUGACCGCGCCGGGGCCCGGGAUGCACGAGGCUUCGAUGUGGACGUUCCCGGCGGGGGCGGGCGGGGCGGCGAUGCAAAGGGUGAACUUUCCGGGAGGGGGGAGGCUGACGCCGGUACAGCUAGCGGGGUCGAUGCUAGUGCAGCAGCCAAUGGGACUAGGGAUGACGGAGACGACGAGUAUGGGCAUCAUGGGAGGACUAGGAGGAAGCGGAUACAGUAGCGGGGGUAGCAAUAGCGGGAGAGUCAAUCUGGGGAUGAAUUUGGAGCAGCAGCAUCACCCCCACAAGCAAGGCCAAGCUCCGGGCGGCGGCGGCGGGAGUGAUGGAGAAGAUGAUCACCAUCGUAGUCAUCACACUGACUCAUGAUAACGACGACGACGACGACGACGUCGACGAAGAAGACGACGACGAUAACGAAUAAGUUGCAGUGGUAGUGUCUAUUUUAUCAGAUCCAAAAGUGGGAAUCUAGUCUCCAGCUUCGAGCACUUCGAGGCGAUGCCAAUCAUUUCUCCCCCUCGCAGCAGCUUGAGCAUGACCUGAUACUUGCUGGGCUGCGCUGGCUUUUUUUCAUUCCCCCCAUUCCUCCCUCCUCUCGCUCUCUCUCUCUCGCCGCAGGGUUGGCUCCAUUCUGUUGUCAUGAUUAGAGCGAAUAACCAGAUUAUAAUUAUGGCCAUGAAUGAUGGGAGGAAGAUGGAGGACAGCGACCGAACGACAUCGUUUUCAGGGUCGAGAGGGAGAAGUUUUAGGAGGACAGCAGAUUAUUUAAUAGCUGGCAAAUUCGAACCUGGCUUCUCCUUGAGGAAAGAGGGAUAGAGAGAGAGAGAGAGAGAGGGACUAUGACAACUUUGGUACAUAUUCUGAUGAAUCCAUGGCAUUUUAUCACUUGACAUUUAUGUUAUUCUUCGUAUAAUCUAGUCCCUGUACUCAUGACCUGAACGAGGCCUUAGGACUUGAACUCAUAUCCCGGUCCCUUGCCACCGGAUCGGGAACGUUGGAUUGGGUGCACCUAAGUUUUAGUUUUUUAUGCUGUCUUGUAUGACUUUUUUUGUAUGUAGUUUGGUAAAUAGAAUCGACCGCAACAAAAACAACAAAAAAAAGGAAGAGUAAGGUAGAAGAUUAAA